AUGAACCAGCUGCAGCCUUUGCUGAAUGAUAGUCUUUUAUCAACAAAGCAUGUGGAAAACACAGCUAUCAUCAACAUAAAGGAAAGACAAGUCUGUGCAUCAACCUUUGGCUUUAAUCCAGAUGGAGGACUGAUAGUUGUGAAGACAAAGACUUUCAUUCUGGUUGCUACUUACAAAGCGGGCAUGUAUCCCAGUGUGUGCGUGGAAGCUGUGGAGAAACUAGCAGACUACUUUAGAGAGAAAGGUAGCUGAAUGUGCAGAAAACCUGAACUUCUCACUGCUCACAAGGA